ACUAUAUAACGAAGCCAGUAGCCAAACGGUGGUGAACUCAAACAUUUGAAACAAUGGACUCUCGUGUUGUUUUCGUAUCGUUGUUAUUUUUUGGCUGCAUCGCUAAUGUUCAACUGGCAUCAUCGUUACCGUGUAGGAAAAUCAGAGCAAUCGUGAACGGGCACAAUCAAAGAAGAUUACAACUCGCGCAGGGCAGGGUUGCCAAGCAACCAGCUGCUUCAGAAAUGAAAUACAUGAUCUGGGAUGAAGAAUUGGCAGCCAAAGCUUCUAAGUGGGCUUCUAGAAAUGUAUUUGAACACAAUCCUGACAGAACUAUUGGUAAGUGGUACGGUUGAUAAGUGUGUGUGCGU